UUUUUUUCCAAAACAUUACUAGUUUCCGUUACAGCGUAAUCUCAAAACUUUCUUUUUCUUUUCUUUUCUCAUCAUAGUCCCCACGUCUUCCCCUAUUGUUGUUUCUUACUUCUUACCUUAAUUUAAGGAAUUGAAAAUUUUUAAUAGUUCUUUGAUGAUAGAGCUUCUGUUUGUUUCCUUUCGAACAAUUUCGUGUGUUUUGGAGAGGGUAUUGACGGGGAAUUGUGAUUAUUUUAAGUCGAAAUUUUGAGUAAGUUGUAACUGAAUUUGAAAUCCGGAAACGAGGACCUCUCAUUAGUUUUACUGAAAGAGAGAGGAGGAUCGAACUGAAACGCUAUCUAAUUGGUUGUGCUUGAAAGAAAAGGGCUUUGGAUCCAAUCAGGUAAGUAACAGCGCCAUUUGAUGGCGCUGUUUAGACGGUUCUUUUACCGAAAGCCGCCGGAUCGGCUUCUGGAGAUAUCCGAACGUGUCUACGUAUUUGACUGUUGUUUCUCCGUGGAUGUACUGGAAGAAGAUGAGUACAAAGUGUAUAUGGGUGGCAUUGUGGCGCAGCUACAAGACUACUUUCCUGAUGCUUCUUUUAUGGUGUUUAAUUUCAGAGAAGGGGAGAGGAGGAGCCUAAUUUCAGACAUUUUAUCUCAGUAUGACAUGACUGUUAUGGAUUACCCACGGCAACAUGGAGGAUGUCAGUUGCUGCCACUUGAAAUGAUUCGUCAUUUCCUUCGAUCAAGUGAAAGCUGGUUGUCAUUGGAAGGGCAGCAGAAUGUGCUUUUGAUGCAUUGUGAAAGAGGAGGAUGGCCUGUACUCGCAUUCAUGCUUGCUGGUCUUCUGUUAUAUCGAAAGCAGUACAAUGGUGAGCAGAAGACUCUUGAAAUGGUCUACAGGCAAGCUCCUAGGGAACUUCUCCAGCUUCUGUCACCUUUGAACCCUCAACCUUCCCAGUUAAGAUAUCUUCAGUAUAUUUCUAGAAGAAAUUUGGGUUCUGACUGGCCUCCAUCAGAUACACCUCUGUUUUUGGAUUGUUUAAUUCUUAGAGUUAUUCCAACCUUUGGAGGGGAAGAAGGGUGCAGGCCAGUUGUACGUGUUUAUGGACAGGACCCCAAAACACCAGCCACUAGAAGUUCUAAACUUCUGUUUUCAACUUUAAAGGAAAAAAACCAAGUUCGUCACUUCCUAAAGGAAGAGUGUAUAUUGGUAAAAAUGGAUAUUCAUUGCCGUGUUCAAGGAGAUGUUGUGCUUGAGUGCAUCCAUUUAAAUGAAGAUUUGGUACGUGAAGAGAUGAUAUUCAGAGUUAUGUUUCACACAGCAUUUGUCCAAGCAAAUAUUUUGAUGCUCAACCGUGAUGAGAUUGAUGUGUUGUGGGAUGGGAAGGAUCAAUUUCCAAAGGACUUUAGAGCGGAGGUACUUUUUACUGACCCUGAUGCUGUUGUCCCUGAUCUCCUUGAAGUCAUGGAAAGUGAAAAUGGGAAUGAGAUGGAAAGUGCUGCACCGGAGGAAUUUUUUGAGGUGGAAGAGAUCUUCAGCAAUACAGUCAAUGCGCUCGAAGGAAAGGUGGAUGACAACAGUCUCAUAGUUCUUGACAACAAGGUAGAGCAAAAAGAAGUCUGGAGGGAGAACGUGGAUCCUUUUAAAUUUCAAGAUUGUGCGUCAAAUGAUGGGAAUUACAAGCAGGAUGUCGAGGUUGACUUUAGUAUGGAUGCAGUUAAGGACAUUGCUGUUGAUGAUGUGAAUUAUAACUUAGAUAAGAGGAUGGUUUCUGACAUUAAUGCAGUGAAAGACAUUGCUGUUGAUGAUGGAGACAUCAAAGUUGAACCAGUGGCAUUUACUGUUGAUGUGCUGAGGGUGAGAGAAACCACUGAAGUCACAGAAGGUGUGCUUGGCAAAUUGGAAGAAAUGGAGGAUAAGGGCAAUAGAAAAGACUGUGUCCAACUAAAGAAUUCAGAAUCUAAGAUGUUGCACCAAAGGUUGAAAAGUGAUGUUUCCAAACCUAAACCUGAGAGAACACUGCCUGCUUCAAAGAAACAUGCUGGGAUGGGCCCAAAACCAGCUUUAGAUUCUCUUUUGGUAAAAUCAAAGAGCAAACAACAAGAAGCUCAGGGUCCUCCUGGAAGACAAGCAAAGCCAAAUGCCAUAUCUCGGUGGAUCCCUCCUAACAAAGGCUCUUAUACCAAUUCAAUGCAUGUAUCAUAUCCACCAUCACGAUAUAAUAGUGCACCGGUUGCAUUAUUAUCCAAUAGUGUGGCUUUGAAGGAUUCUUAUUCAAGUGCCAAUCAAAAGGGCUCUAAUGGAGUUUCAAUUUCAAAGGAUGUUUCGUCCAAGCCAAAAAGUGUGAAGGCUGACCUUGUGGAGCUGUCUAACUCUCCAAAAGAAAUUUCUAGCGUUCCAAUAAUUUUAACAUCAUCUCCUCUUCCGCAACAAUCGGCGCCCAUUCCACCUAGCCCUCCACCUCCAUUCUCACCGUCAUCAACACCACCACCACCACCUCCUCCUCCCCCACCUCCACCUAGUUUUUCUUUGUUGGUUUCAUCAUCAUUUCAAGAAAAUGCAACUUCUAUUGUACUAAAUUCUCCAUCACCACCACCACCACCACCACCACCACCUCCUCCUCCUCCUCGGGAUGAAGCUUUGUUGCCUACAACUCCACCACUUCCAAGAGCUUCUCGUCCUCCUCCUCCCCCUCCACCACCACUUCACAAAGCUUCCCCUCCACCACCACCACCACCUCCUCCUGGUCAUGGAGUUUCUCCUCCUCCUGCACCCCAACCUCUUUUACGAGGAACUCCACCUCCACCUCCACUUGCACCCCCACCGACGUCCGGUAUGCCACUUCCUCCUUCACCUCCAUUGAUGAAUGGUGCUCCACCACCAAAAUUGGGAGCCAUUCCUCCAGCACCUCCCCCUUUGCGUGGAGUGCCAUCCGUGCCUGCUCGACAUGGAGCACCACCCCCACCACCUCCACCUGUUCCUGGAGCGCCAGCACCAUGCCCACCUCCUAUGCAUGGCGCAUCACGACCUAUAGGUGGAGCACCACCUCCACCUCCACCUCCACCUCCUGGAGGCCGAGCUCCAGGCCCUCCACCUCCACCUCCUGGAGGCCGAGCUCUAGGCCCUCCACCUCCACCUAGAGCUCCCGGUGCUCCUCUAGCCCCAUCAUUGGGUGCUAGAGUAGUUGAUGGUAGAGGAAGAGGGCGUGGGCUAUCGUCUCCAGCAGCUGGCACAGCACCUAGGAGGUCUUCUUUAAAGCCUUUGCACUGGAGCAAGGUCACAAGGGCAAUACAAGGAAGCUUGUGGGAAGAAUUACAAAGACAUGAGGCUCAAAUUAUGCCAGAAUUUGAUGUGUCAGAGCUUGAGACUCUUUUCUCUGCAGUUGUUCCUAAACCUGCUGGUUCAGUUAAUAGAUCUGGAGUGCGACGCAAGUCAGUUGGAUCAAAACCUGACAAAGUCCACCUGAUUGACUUGAGGAGGGCCAACAACACUGAAAUUAUGCUCACUAAAGUUAAGAUGCCACUUUCUGAUAUGAUGGCAGCAGUGCUAGCAAUGGAUGAUGUAGUAUUGGAUGUUGAUCAAGUGGAAAAUCUCAUAAAGUUUUGUCCCACCAAAGAGGAAAUGGAACUUCUCAAGGGCUACACUGGUGACAAAGAGAGUUUGGGGAAGUGUGAACAGUACUUUUUGGAACUGAUGAAAGUGCCAAGGGUAGAGUCCAAAUUAAGAGUGUUUUCUUUCAAAAUUCAGUUCGGCUCUCAGAUUUCUGAAUUCAAAAAGAGCUUAAGCACUGUAAAUUCUGCUUGUGAUGAGGUUCGAAAUUCCCUUAAACUAAAGGAGAUAAUGAAGAAAAUUCUCUAUCUGGGGAAUACUUUGAACCAAGGAACUGCUAGGGGUUCUGCCGUUGGCUUUAAGUUGGACAGUCUUCUAAAGCUCAUAGAUACACGCGCUUCUAACAGCAAGAUGACACUCAUGCAUUAUCUUUGCAAGGUCCUAGCUGCCAAGAAACCAGCACUUUUAGAUUUUCACCAAGAAUUUGUCAGCCUUGAGGCUGCAACUAAGAUACAAUUAAAAUCUUUAGCAGAAGAAAUGCAAGCUAUAACUAAAGGAUUAGAAAAGGUUAAGCAGGAGCUAGCUGCCUCUGAAAAUGAUGGUCCUGUGUCUGAAGUUUUCCGGGGGACAUUAAAGGGAUUCCUUUCUGUUGCUGAAGGAGAGGUGACAUCCGUAACAAAUCUAUAUUCUGUGGUGGGUAGAAAUGCAGAUGCACUUGCACUCUAUUUUGGUGAGGAUCCUGCUCGAUACCCCUUUGAGCAAGUUACUGCAACUCUCUUAAAUUUUGUGAGGUUGUUUCGGAAAGCACACGAAGAGAAUAUGAAACAGGUUGACUUGGAGAAGAAGAAAGCUGAGAAGGAGAAGGCUAAGGGAACUAAUCUUACAAAAAAGGGUGCAAAUUAGUCUGAGGAUCAGUUUCUCUUUUCAUACAAGAUAAUAUGCUCCUACCAAGCAGCAGAUGUUUGUGCCCAAGAGUUCGAUUGAAUGACAAUGAUGCUGCUUUUCGGGGCUGUCCAGAUACCCUCCCAUUCUCUGGUAUCUGUGUAAUUUUAAGCCCUCACAGACGAAUGAGGCAGGGGCCUUGUCCUGGAGGUUUGAAGGCCACGGCUAUGGGCGUCAGUAGACAUUUUUUAAGGGAAGAUUUUCAAUCCCAACGAUGAUCAGAUUGACCAAGUAGCUGAGCUUCCGAAUGCAAGUUGUUGAGGUAACAGCUAUGACCCUUCUUCUAGCUUUAUUUCAGAAUGAGAAGACAAGCACUUCAUUAUGAUAAGCGAGAUCUUUUCAGCAUCUGCCAUUAAGUUUGGCAUAUUUUUUUCCAGCACCUAAGCAGAUGGCGGUGGGAUUGUAGACCCGAAAAUUCCAUCAUACCAUUAAAACGAGUAAUUUACAAUCCAUGUAUUUGUUUUCUUUAUGUUGUAACAUAAGUCUUUUUCUUUCAUAAUUAAGAUAAAGUAACCCAUCGUAUAAAAUGAGAGAAAUUAGAAGAUGGGUUUAGCAUUAGAAAUAGCGAAACAUUCAUGUUCUAUUCUUAUCAUAUCCAAGGUUGCCAGUUCUACGAAA